GGCGCCCCAGCGGAGGUGAAGAUGGCGGUGGUGGCGCCGCUGCUAGCGCUGCUAUGCUCCGUGCCCGGCCUGUGCCGCUGGCUGGCCCGGCCCUACUACCUGCUUUCGGCGCUGCUCUCCACCGCCUUCCUGCUGGCUCGUAAGGUGCCGCCGCUGUGCCAGGGGCUGCCCACGCAGCGCGAGGACGGCAAUGCUUGCGACUUCGACUGGCGGGAGGUGGAGAUCCUGAUGUUCCUCAGUGCCAUUGUGAUGAUGAAGAACCGCAGAUCUAUCACCAUAGAGCAGCACAUAGGCAACAUCUUCAUGUUCAGCAAAGUGGCCAAUGCAAUCCUCUUCUUCCGACUGGACAUCCGCAUGGGGCUGCUGUACCUCACCCUGUGCAUAGUGUUCCUGAUGACCUGCAAGCCCCCCCUCUACAUGGGCCCUGAGUACAUCAAGUAUUUCAGUGACAAAACCAUUGAUGAGGAGUUGGAGCGGGACAAGCGGGUGACAUGGGUUGUGGAGUUCUUUGCCAACUGGUCUAGUGAGUGCCAGUCAUUUGCACCCAUCUUUGCUGACCUCUCUCUCAAGUACAAUUGCACAGGGCUGCACUUUGGGAAGGUGGACGUGGGCCGCUACACAGAUGUGAGCACCAGGUAUAAAGUGAGCACCUCGCCCCUCACCAAGCAGCUGCCCACCCUGAUCCUCUUCCAGGCUGGGAAGGAAGUAAUGCGUCGGCCACAGAUUGAUAAGAAAGGCCGGGCUGUCUCUUGGACCUUCUCUGAGGAGAAUGUGAUCCGGGAGUUCAACCUCAAUGAGCUGUAUCAAAAGGCCAAGAAGCUGUCUAAGCAGCCACGAGAUGAUGUGCCUGAGGAGGCUGCAGAGCGGCCAGAGGUCCUGGCUGCUGGUGUGGAGCUCCCUAAUGGUGAAAGCAAGAAGGACAAGUAGAGCCUUUCCUACCCUUUCCAGAUAACCCCCUCCUUCCCCUUUUGUUUGUGCUGCAGCAGUGCCCAGCAAGGCCCAGCUAGAGGCUGGUGUCCCAGCAUAACUAGUGGAAGCUGUGUGAUUGAUGGGUCAUGCCACCCCACCACUUCACCCCCCACACACAGAUGCACCCUGUGACAUGUGGGAUUAGUCACAUCUCUGCAUCUCUACUCUUUCCUUUCCUGGGACAGGGUGCCCCCAUGGGAAUGGCAGAAAGGGAAGGAGGGUCACUGAGCCCCAGGAACUGGUGAUGGCUAGCAGCAAGCUGCAAGGGGUGAGAAGUGAUGGUUUUGCUAGGGCUGAGCACUGCCCAUGCUUAAUCAAGCCAUGUCAUUGUGGUCCAGAAGGGAGAUUCUACUUUGACAUCUAAAGCAAUUUGGCUUGGGGGUAGAGGGUUGAUUCUCCCUACACUCCCAUGCUCCAGCUUGG